UUUUUUUUUUUUUUGAGACGGAGUCUCACUCUGUCGCCCAGGCUGGAGUGCAAUGGCACCAUCUCGGCUCACUGCAACCUCUACCUCCUGGGUUCAAGCGAUUCUUCUGCCUCAGCCUCCUGAGUAACUGGGACUAUUGGCGCAUGCCACCACACCCAGUUAAUUUUUGUAUUUUUAGUAGAGACGGAAUUUCACCAUAUUGAUCAGGCUUGUCUCAAACUCCUGACCUCAGGUGAUCCACCCUCCUCGGCCUCCCAAAGUGCUAGGAUUACAGGCGUGAGCCACCGCGCCCAGCCUUGGAAUAAUUUUUAGUAUAACUAUGUCCCAGGCAAUAUUUGGAAUAUACUUAUACCGUAAAAAAUUGUAUUCAUUGUUUAUCUGAAAUUUGAAUUUAACUGGGCAACCCUUCCAGCUGGCUUUGGAAAGGGAGUGGGUGUGUGGGCAGAGGCCUGGCCAGCUGUGUGACCUCAGCCUUCUUCUUCCCAGCUGUGAGCCUCAGUUUCUCCAUCAGCCACCCUACAGACUCCAGGGGCACAAGGGCCAGUGAGGAGAGAAGAGCCCUGGCCUCUUACUGGGCACCUCACCUGUACCACUGUGGGAUGGGUGGCACAGGGGACAGGGUCUCACUGUGUCAUCCAGAGCUGGAGUGCAGCGGCACAGUCAUGGCUCACUGGAACUCAGGCUCAAGCAAUCCUCCCGCCUCAGCCUUCCAAGUAACUAGGACUACAGGCAUGUGCCACCACGCCUGGUGUCUGAGAUGCUGCCACCGCAGAAGAAGCCCUGGGAGUCCAUGGCUAAGGGGCUGGUGCUGGGCGCGCUCUUCACCAGUUUCCUGCUGCUGGUGUACUCCUAUGCCGUGCCCCCGCUGCACGCUGGCCUGGCCUCCACCAGGACCCCGGAGGCCGCAGCGUCCUGCUCUCCACCUGCGCUCGAGCCAGAGGCAGUGAUCCGGGCCAACGGCUCCGCGGGGGAGUGCCAGCCGCGGCGCAACAUCGUGUUCUUGAAGACGCACAAGACGGCUAGCAGCACCCUGCUCAACAUCCUGUUUCGCUUCGGCCAGAAGCACCGGCUCAAGUUCGCCUUCCCCAAUGGCCGCAACGACUUCGAUUACCCGACCUUCUUCGCCCGCAGCCUGGUGCAGGACUAUCGGCCCGGGGCCUGCUUCAACAUCAUCUGCAACCACAUGCGCUUCCACUACGACGAGGUGCGCAGCCUGGUGCCGCCCAACGCCGUCUUCAUCACGGUGCUCCGCGACCCCGCCCGCCUGUUCGAGUCCUCCUUCCACUACUUCGGGCCGGUGGUGCCCCUCACAUGGAAGCUCUCGGGCGGCGACAAGCUGGCCGAGUUUCUGCAAGACCCGGAUCGCUACUACGACCCCAACGGCUUCAAUGCCCACUACCUCCGAAACCUGCUCUUCUUCGACCUGGGCUAUGACAACAGCCUGGACCCCAGCAGCCCGCAGGUGCAGGAGCACAUCCUGGAGGUGGAGCGCCGCUUCCACCUGGUGCUCCUUCAGGAGUACUUCGACGAGUCGCUGGUGCUGCUGAAGCACCUACUGUGCUGGGAGCUGGAAGACGUGCUCUACUUCAAGCUCAACGCCCGCCGCGACUCGCCGGUGCCGCGGCUCUCCGGGGAGCUGUACGGGCGCGCCACCGCCUGGAACAUGCUGGACUCCCACCUCUACCGCCACUUCAACGCCAGCUUCUGGCGCAAGGUGGAGGCCUUUGGGCGGGAGCGCAUGGCCCGAGAGGUGGCCGCCCUGCGCCAUGCCAACGAGCGCAUGCGGACCAUCUGCAUCGACGGGGGCCACGCCGUGGACGCCGCCGCCAUCCAGGAAGAGGCCAUGCAGCCCUGGCAGCCGCUGGGCACCAAGUCCAUCCUGGGCUACAACCUCAAGAAGAGCAUCGGGCAGCGGCACGCCCAGCUCUGCCGGCGCAUGCUUACGCCCGAGAUCCAGUACCUGAUGGACCUCGGCGCCAACCUGUGGGUCACCAAGCUCUGGAAGUUCAUUCGCGAUUUCCUGCGGUGGUGACGUCCCACCGCCCAGCGGCUUGCCUGCCUGCUCGCUCCCUGCGGAGGGGCUGAGCAGGACGCCGCUGGUGCUGGCCACCCCCAGCCCCCUCCUGGUGCCACCUCGGACCCCGGGGUGAGGGGGGGCUCCCUGGGGGGACGCAGCCAGCCAAGACUGGGCCCAUGCACACAGAGAGGGCCUAACCGAGAUCAGUAUUUAACUAAUUAUACCAGUUUUUAUUAAACCCCUUUCCCUCCCCGAAAAAGAAUGUUCUAUUUCUGCCUCUCCUUAGACCUCAGAAGUAAAGGAAUUUGAUGUUGUGUUUUUGUUAA